GAGGCAAACGAGCAGACAUGCUGCCUGAUGGUAAGCGAUCACUGCCGCCCUUGGACACCUGAAACACCAGAAAUGUUGGAGAUGCGUUGCCGGCCUUUAAGACGAUACGGUAAGCGCGUACGCGCACCCUUCCGGUGCUCGCGUUCAGUCGAGCCGCGAACAUCCGCGCGCGACGGACGCACGCACGUGACGCAACAUGAGCUCGGGCAAGCGGAAACUGUCGUUCCUCGGCUUCGCGCCGUCACAGGCGGAGGGGGAGGAGAUACACCUGGACGAGGAGAUGGACCGAGUGGUCUGGGGGGAGACGCGGGCGGAGCUGGACGCAGCCCGCUUCCGCGCGACCACCGAGCCGCGCCGCGACAGCGCCGCCCCAGUUCCCCCCGAGCACGAGACCCGAGAGGGCCUGGGCUGGAGCAGCUCGGAGUCGCCCGCGCAGCCGUCGCGUGCGUCAACCAUGUCGCCGGUGCAGACAACGCCGUCGUCGUCGAGCAGCCGCGAGGACGACCGGCACGUGCAGUUCGAUGGCCCGGCGCCGGCCACGCCCGGCCCCGGGACGACGGCGAACGACGAGAGCGACUUGCGGCGCGAGCAGCGGACCGCCCGCCUACACCACCGCCACCAAGGCCGCAAGUAUUCCUUGCAAGAGGGCGCGCGGGGUGGCACAGAGAGAACGGACCGACAGGUGCCCUCGGAGCGGGUGGCAACGGCCGAGGAGCUACGGGAGGCGGACGCAGACGACCUGGCCAGCCAUCGGACCGACGAUCCGAAGGGGCUCCGUCGUCAUCUGAUUCACCAUACUAAGGAUACACAUAGUUCCACGGUUCACGUGGGACGGCGGGAGGGAGGCGACCGUCUCAACUCCUUGAUUAAUGAGAAGAAACUGUAUGACCAUAGUCCGCAUUCUGUUUUCGUUCAACUCGACGAACUCCUAGCCACCGGAGACGGGGACUCCGAAUGGAAGGAAACAGCCAGAUGGAUCAAAUACGAAGAGGACGUGGAAGAAAGCGCGGGCCGCUGGGGCCAGCCUCACGUGGCCUCCCUGUCGUUCCACUCGCUCCUGAACCUCAGGAGAUGCCUGGAAACUGGUGUGGUGCUGUUAGAUUUGGAGGAGAAGGAUCUUCCCGGGGUUGCUUACAGGGUGGUGGAACGCAUGGUGGACGACGGGCUGAUAGAGGAGGAUGACAAGCCCGUGGUGAUGAGGAGCCUCCUGCUCCGCCAUCGCCACGUCCACGACGAUCGGUUCCGGUUCUCCAUUGGACGGAAGCAUGCCUCUUACACCAGUUUGCAGAACUUGGCGGAUCCGCGCCGGCGCCGAAGCUCAUAUGCUAUCCCAGUGGACAAGCCCAGCAUGCAGGAACUUAAGAAGAAGCUCUCCACAGCCGGGUCUGAGAAGAUAGACCUUAAGGAAGUGGAGUAUACGGUCGCUGGCUCACAGGAUGAACUGCGCCGUGGCCACAAUGAAGCCAUCAUGAAACGUAUUCCUGGAGAUGCAGAAGCCACGACCGUCCUCGUAGGAGCUGUCGGCUUCCUCGACCAGCCAACUAUCGCGUUCGUUCGCCUCGCUCAAGGCAUCCUCAUGCCCUCCAUCACAGAAGUGCCCAUCCCUGUUCGGUUCAUGUUCGUACUUCUCGGCCCGGUGACUGCAGAACUGGACUACCAUGAAGUCGGUCGAUCAAUAUCAACUCUGAUGGCGAACCCUUCGUUCCACAACAUCGCUUAUAAGGCUGAUGAUAGACGCGACCUACUGUCAGCUAUCAACGAGUUCUUGGACGACUCCAUCGUGUUACCGCCUGGUGACUGGGAGCGGCAGGCGCUUCUGCCAAUGGAUGAACUCCGAGCAAAGAGCGAGAUGAUCCGCCGUCGCAAAGCCAACGCUUUGGAAAAGAAGAGGGCUUCAGUAGCUGCUGGUGCUGGCGCUGUGACUAUUUCUGAGGAGAAACAAGCGCUGUUGAGGAUGGAGACGGCAGGGUUGCCGCCCAAAGAACCAGAGGGCCCGCUCGAGCGGACCGGACGGAUUUUUGGAGGCGUGAUCCGUGACAUCAAACGCCGCUACCCGUACUACAUAUCCGACUUUACCGACGCAUUGAACGGGCAGUGUGUGGCCGCGACCAUCUUCAUGUACUUCGCGGCUGUCUCCUCUGCCAUUACUUUUGGAGGGUUGCUGGCUACUAAGACGGAUGGAAAUAUUGGAAUCACUGAGACGUUGCUAUUCACUUGCUUCGGAGGCAUAUUCUUCGCGCUGCUAGCGGGCCAGCCGAUGAUGAUCACUGGAGCGACCGGACCGCUCCUCCUCCUUGACGAAUCGCUCUUCAACUUCUGCAAGUCUUAUGGGUUCGACUUCCUGGCUGCGAGGAUGUAUUGUGGACUGUGGAUGAUCGUGAUAGCGCUGCUGGUCGCUUCGGUUGAGGGCAGCGUUGCGGUCAAGAAGAUCACGAGGUUUACUGAAGAUAUCUUCGCGUUCCUGAUCUCCCUGAUCUUCAUCGGCGAGCCGAUAACGAGUCUGAUCAACGUGUACAGAGCUCAUCCUCUGGGCAUCGAGUACGCCAUGUAUGGGAAAAAUAUCAGCGCCCCUGGGAACGUCACUGUCGCCAACGGCACUGAAGCGGACAACGCUACAGCAUGGGGCCCGCCACUCCUGCCGCCGCCGCCAGCGCCACAGCCUAAUACUGCACUGUUCUGCACAAUCCUCACAUUGGCUACCUUCAUCAUCGCGUACUACCUUCGCAUCUUCCGUAACGGGAAAUUCCUUGGACGCAGCGCGCGUCGCGCCUUAGGUGACUUCGGCGUCCCGAUAGCCAUAGUCCUGAUGGUGGGCCUAGCGUCGGCCGUCCCCGUCUACACGGACACGUUGCGCGUCCCCGAGGGUCUGCACCCGACGUCCCAACGGCCCUGGCUGGUGAUGCUCACCCCAGGGCUGGCCACUAUCCCCGCCUGGGCCGCCUUCGCCAUGGCCCUACCGGCGCUCAUGGUCUACAUCAUCGUCUUUAUGGAGACGCAUAUCGCAGAGUUGAUAAUCGACAAGCCCGAGCGGCGUCUCAAGAAAGGCAGCGGCUUCCACAUGGACAUCGUGAUCAUGUCGUUCGUGAACUGCAUUUGCGGGAUGUUCGGUGCGCCGUGGCAGUGCGUGGCGACUGUACGGUCGGUGUCGCACGUCUCUGCACUCACGGUUAUGUCCACCACGCAUGCGCCGGGUGACAAGCCGCAUAUCGUUGAGGUCAAAGAGCAACGCCUGACAGGUCUACUGGUAUCCUUCCUCGUGGGUCUAUCGGUGUUGGCCUCCGGUCUCCUCACCCUGGUGCCGAUGGCUGUGCUAUUUGGUGUGUUCCUGUACAUGGGCAUAUCCGCGCUCGGAGGCAUACAGUUCUGGGACCGAUGCAUUCUGCUGCUGAAGCCUGUGAAGCACCAUGCUCAAGUACCAUACGUGAGAAGGGUACCAACGUGGAAGAUGCACAUGUUCACGCUGGUGCAGCUAACCGGCAUCAUAGUGCUGUUCACAGUCAAGUCUUCGCGGUUCUCGCUGGCGCUGCCUUUCUUCCUGGUCAUGAUGAUACCUCUGAGAAUGUCGCUGGCGUACUUAUUCACACCGCUUCAGCUGCGCGCGCUGGACGGAGUGCAAAAAGAAAUAGACGACGACGAACCAGAUUUCUACCAAGAGGCACCAUUGCCGUAAAUUAAAGCGCCCGCUUGUGUCCGUUCUUGUGAUUCCUUCUACAUAUCUGUCGAGAACUAUCUCUAGUGGCCUCAACAUUCCGUUGAUAGGGGCAUUCUAGAAAAGUGGAGUAACUCUUUUGAUAUAACUAUGAAGCUGACAUUUGACACAGCAGCGUUGAUAACUUAGCGAAACAUAUUUCUGCAGGUUAUAAAGUAUUAGCUGGUGCGUCAUACGCCUACGUCUAUUUAUGGAGAUUAUAGUGUAGGAUUGUUUCCAUGGUAAUGAAACACAUGGCUUAAUUAGGCUAGCAGAGUACUUACUAGAAGACAAACAUUAUUAGACAUUAAUCUUUAUUGCUCAUCGGGUAGCGUCACCAGAAGUACGAUUUUUCCAAAUGGAUGGAAUCCGGAAAAUAUAUUCUUAUAGUUUCAUAGGGAAUCAAAAUGUUAAGAAUUAAGGAUUUCUUGAGAUAUUUCCAGAUUUUUUCUACUUUCACAAUGCAUAUAAUGAGGCUUUAAAACUUAUUACGGGAUAAUACAUAAGUGUGAUCAAGAAAUGUCUAAUAAGUGUAAGGCCUGACUGCACGCUCAUAUUCGUGCGGCAUGCGUUUCAAACAACUGAAGCUCAUACAAGUGUUCCAAGUGGGGCCCGCCCCGCUGUACGCCCCGCCGACCGAGCAUCCACUCAGACCUUACACUAAGAGUGAAACGGUAGGUUUUCAUUGAUUAAUUCACCUACAUAGAAAAGGUAGUAAAAUUUAUAUGUAAAGGUGCUAAGCAACUACAUUUGCUGCCUGUACUGUCAUCCUUCCAUAAUGGAUAUACCUACAUCCACUUGUUUUUUUUUGCACAUCUAGUUUAAAUGUAGGUUUCGAACCAGUAUUCGUCGUUGAAGCAGCUAGGAUCUUGUCAUCAUCCUCCUUGCGUUAUCCCGGCAUUUGCCACGGCUCAUGGGAGCCUGGCAGCAAGAAUAAAGAUUAAAUUAUAAAAAUUGUAAUGAUUAAAAAAAAAACAUAGUUUAUUGAUUCAAAUUACGUUACAUAAAACGGCCUUUAAUGUACUUACCCUGUACUUACUAUUUUAGUAGAGGAACUAAACAAAAUUAUAUUUUAUUAUUGUUGUUUUACUUUAAGAUUUUAUCUAGAAAGUAUUAUUGUUAUAUGUACGUGUAACCUGCAAAAUGGAUCAUUCGAAAAUUUGGAAUUUUAGAGUCAAAAUUAAAUCAAAUUAAACGGAGGCGCGUUCUAAUAUGUAAUUUUAUGAAAGCGAUGUAGUGAUUGUAACAUAUUUAUUAUUUUGUAAUUACCUAUAUUUUUAGAAUAAGCGUAUGUGGUCAUGGACUUCCGGAGAAAGUAAAAAUGUGUAUUAAAUAUAUGUUACAUUAGGUCCUUUUAAGUAAAUUCGAUGUUAUUUGAUGUAUAAACAUUUUGUGCAUCAUACAGUUGUGGCCAUGAACGUAAAUGUUUAUUUUAAUUAGAGGUAAAGUAUUUAUUAUAUUUAGGACCCUGAUUGUAUAUACUUAGUACUAUUUUCCCCAUAAUAAGAGAGGCCUAAAAGAAGAAGAAAAUUAGUGAAUAUAUAUUUUGGUAGAAAAUUAUCGAUGGGCAAUGCGAGCGACUAUUUUUUUAAUGAUAAAUUUAGUCUCUUGUGUUACUACUCAAAAUGUCUCUGGAGUUACCAAUAAACUAACGAAUGUAGACAAGUUGAGGCCUAAAUUUAUGAACUAAUGCAAUGAAUACCAGUGAUGGUAAAAAUGAGUGCCGGUAAAAAAAAAAAUAGCCCAUCCACAACAUAAUGGCCAUUUUUUCGCCCUAGCGAAGAGUUUGCAUACUUUGUGUAAAAUAAAGACUCAAAUUAUUUUUAUACUUAAAACAAACAUGUGAUAUUAUUUUUGUUACGUUCUAAAACGAGUAAAUAUCGAUCGAAAUGAAAAGAAACAACGACAGUUUAAAACUACUAAAUAUUAAGUUUUAACCCUAAGUUGUGGGGUUAGAGCCGUAUUCCCGGAAGAGUGGAUGAAAUCGUAAACGUAACAAAAAAAAUUGAGAAUCAAAAUCAAACAGUUUAAAAUAUAAUUAGGAUAAUAAGCAAUGAACUUGACAAUGUCUACACUGCCUUCAAUACCAACCCUUUGUUCGAUAACACAGUUUUUUUUUUAUAAUAAUUUAUGAAAAUAAAAUCGUAUAUUUUAUAGGACCCGGGUAUGUCCUUAAACUACGUCCAGAAGCACCAGGGGAUGGGCAGCAGCAUCCUUUAACGUAGUGCUAUUAGGUGCAGGGCGCCUUUUUCCAAACUACUGAAUAAUUUUCUAUUUUUAUUCAGCCUUGCAAAAAAAGUCGUAAUACUGUAACAUCGUCCCUUUAAAAUCAAUUUUAUGUAUCUAAGUAAACUUUCAUAGGAAGUUGCCAAUUUUUAAUUCAGUCAUACCCAAUCAUUUCUGAUAAAUCUGAACAGAUACCGAACAACUGCAGCUUACGUUUAAGGCUCCCUGUACACUGCGAUUUUCAACUUUUCUUUUCCUUUAAUUUUUUAAAUUAUUAAUUUAUAAAUUUUAGUACUUUAAAAAUAAUUUACUAAAAUAUGGUUAAUUUUUUAAAUUAAAAGUUACCUUGAGUACAGUACUGUACUAAAUAUAUGUAACAAUAAUAUGUAUUUCCGAUUUUAUUCACUGUUUUAGGGGACAAUUUGUGUAAUUAUAAUAUAUCAAUUCUGAAUAUAGAAAUAAUAUAAUAUAUUGUGAUAGAAGGUAGGUACUACAACAUAUUAUGUUGUAGUACCUACCUUCUAACACUUUGUAUUGUACCUAUAUAUUGGAGACAUAUUAUAUUAUAUUUUCAUACCAGAGCGCAAUACGGGAACUGAAUGAGUGUGAUAUUAAGUGUGUAAGUGUAUGUGUUUCAAAGGGAUUGCUUUGUGAGUUAUCGAGUAUGAGGUAAUAGGGAUGUUGGUCAAAACUCUGGGUAAGGAGCGCUACAAACACAAACAGUCGAUGCAUCAAGUCACAAUUAUUCAAACCAAUAGUCCGUGAAUACUAGUAAAAAAAAACUGGGUAUAUUUAUAUGUACUACAGUUUGUUCUAGUGCUCUCUGGUGGCAGAACGUCGCAGUACCUAUCUAUACCUACUCAUUGAGGUUUAACCUCCAGUCUUAAACAUCAGAAAACGUGCCAAAUCCAAUAUUGAGAUUGAAAAAUCUUUUGUAGGCGUCAUGAGGUUGAUACAGCAUUCUUUUUAACACAGACAUGAGUAAAACUCGUUUUAUUUGUAUAUAAGUUUUAUGGUUGAGAUACAGGUUAUUUGAGCGAGUAAACUUAUUGAUCGACAGUUUUGAAUGUCUCUUGUGUUAUUCCUUAUUCAAAACGUCUCUUGUGUUACCAAAAAAAAAUAGUUUCUAAUUAUUUAACAAAG